AUGAAUAUUAAAAUAAAAUUAAAAACCUGUAUAUUGUAUUUAUACAUAUUUUAUGCCAUAGCGAAUAUAAUUAUGGAGAUGAUUCUUUCGCUUUAUGUUUUAAAAAGCUUUGAGAAAUCUCCUCAAACAGAUAUUGAACUAGCAACAUACAGAUACCAAGUCUUAUACACAAAACUAAUAACUCUUCUAGAAAUUUCGUAUGUAUCAAAUUUUUUUUUCACCAAAGAUAUAAAUAACGUGUUCCAAGUAUUAAUAGUUAAAUUAAUAGAUUUAAUAAUUUGGUUGCUUUUGGCAGCCCAAUUUGGAUUCAAUUCGAUUUUUAUAGUUUAUUUCGCUCUUUCGUUUGUCGCGUGGAUGUUAAUAGGUUACCUCGCACGCCUUGAGCAUAGUUUAAUUUAUACGAGGUACAACAAACAAGUAAGUUUAGACCCCGACGUUAUAUUUUAUUUUGUUCUUUUACAAUUAGUUUACGCCAUUACAAAUGCCACUAAAGUUUUCUUGGGGUUGCGCAUCAUUUCAACUCUACAAACAUUUUCUACCGAUUUCUACGCGAUUUAUUCGUUUGUAAAAUUGCCAGUUUUAUUAAUUGUCGAGGCAUUUAGAAAAUAUAUAAAUAACUUAAAAAAAACUAUACUUGCUUUCUGUAUUGUUAAUACAAUAUUUAGCUGCUUUAGCAUUUAUUAUAUUGUGUAUGUUGUAAUUUAUAAAGAGCAGUAUAAACAGCUGUUAAGUUUUAUAUUUGAGAUUCUGUCUCUGUUAAAUACAUUCUUUCUAAUUCUGUGUGCAUUAAAGUUUUAA